AUGUCUUCGGCAACGUCUUUCCGCCAAUUGAUCGGGGUGCAGCCAUCAACAGCCAGCGUCGCCGAUAGCACUCUCAUCAUCAUCGACGCUCAGAACGAAUAUGCCGAGGGCAAGCUGAAGUGCUCAAACACGGCUUCCUCCAGGAAGGUUAUUUCAUCGCUGCUGCAAAAGUAUCGCGAGGGCAACGGGAAGGUCGUACACGUCGUCCACGACACUCCGGAUGGCGCACCUGUCUUCACGCCCGGCACCAAGCUGGCUGAAGAAUUCGAAGAGCUUGCGCCAAAGGAUGGAGAGAAAGUGAUCCACAAGAACUACCCUAGUUCUUUUGCAGGCACCGACCUUCACAAGCACCUAGGUGGAGGCAAGAUUGUGCUCACCGGAUACAUGGUAUGUUUGGCUACAGUCCUUCUCUUUCUAAGCAGGUUGCUGACAAGUGCANNGGCGCACGUUUGUGUAUCGACGACGGCCAGACAGGGAGCGGAGCUGGGCUACGAUGUGGUUUGCGUUGAGGAUGCGAUUGGUGACAGAUCGAUUCCAGGCGUCGAAGCAGAGGAGCUGACCAAAACUGCGCUGAACGAGAUUGCCGAUGCGUUUGGCACCGUCAUCCAGAGCAGCGAGAUCAAGUAG